GCUUUGUUUCACACACACACACACACACACACACACAGACGCACAGACACACACGCACUCCGCUGGUAUCCCUCUCUUCUAGUCAUGCAAUGGAUAUUUUGUGGCAAUACCAGUUCAGGAUCAUCUUACUCGGGGAUUCGACAGUGGGGAAGUCGUCGCUGCUGAAACGCUUCACGGACGGUAUUUACAGUGAUGUGGCGGAUCCCACCGUCGGGGUAGAUUUUUAUGCCCGAUCGCUUGAUAUCGAGCCCGGGGUGAAAAUCAAGCUUCAGCUGUGGGACACGGCCGGUCAGGAACGAUUCAGGUCCAUCACAACGUCCUACUACCGUAACUCCGUGGGCGGGCUUCUCGUCUUUGACCUCACCAAUCGCAAGACCUUUGAACACGUGAGGGAGUGGCACAAGGAGGUGAGUGAGCACAUCCUGCCCCACCACAUGGUCUACAUCCUCAUCGGCCACAAGAGCGACCUCAACAAGGACCGCAAGGUGAGCCGCGACGAGGCGGAGCAUCUGGCGGCCGAGAUGGGCAUCCGCUACGUGGAGACGUCGGCCAAGUGCAACAGCAACGUGGACCGGGCCUUCGAGCUGCUGACGAAGGACAUCUACGAGCUGAUGAAGAUGGGGGAGAUCGUCACCCGCGACGGCUGGGACGGGGUCAAGAGCGGCCUCACCGCCAAGGUCCUCUACCCGGCCGACGACGAAGACGAACUUGCCACCGCCGUCCCCGAAAGGGGCUGCAACUGCUGA